GGCAUGAUUUCACCCGCCUCUUGAAUCCCAAAAUUUAAACCCCCCGUCUCUUCCAAUUAGCAAGAAAAAGCCCUAGGCCUUCAUCUUCAUAGUUGCAUCGCACCACCACCCAACCUCCGAUCUCACACUGCCAAGUGUCUUCGACCAUUCUUUCCUGUAGCACUACACCGAUAACAAAACCCCCAUCACUAUUUUAGGUCACCAUUCACCAACAGACUCACUAUUCUGAUCAUUAUUCUGAGACUUUAAAAUCGAGUGUUCAUUUGACCAUAAAGUCAAAAUUGAAUCGCAUGUUCAUUCAACACAAAGUUAUUGAUAUGGCCAACGACGACUCCACCUCCGGUCUCUAGUCGAUGACACCGACGAAGCCUCCUCCUCUGGCCGCUUCCGUCUCCCCCUUCUUUCACGUUGUUUACAGUUUUACCAAAUUGGUCAUUGCAAAUAUGGAGAAUCUUGCAGAUUCAAUCACUCCAAAUCUGAGCCUGAAAACUCUAUCCCACGGAUUAAGGGUAGUUGAACCCUAUGAGAUUAGAUACCUUGAGUAUUUCAAGACAUGGGGUUUUGCCACUUGUUAUAUAUGGGCAUGUCCUCUUAUAAAAGGAGAAGAUUACAUUUUUUACUGCCAUCUAGAAACUCAGAAAACACCAGAGCAGGAUAAGCUACGACAGUGGUACAAGUCAAUGCUAAAGAAAGGUUCGGAAGAUGGUGUUGUUAUGGACUACACAAAUUUAUACAAUCAGUUUUUUGUUGCUAGUGGAGAGGGGAAUACAAAGAUAACUGCAGCUCAUUUGCCCUUUUUUGAUAGUGAUUAUUGGUCAGGGGCAGCUGAAAAUAUAGGUAGGAAACUUGAAGUAGAAGAAACUAGUGAUGGUGGAUUGCAAAGCAAGCUCCCUAACAAGAGAAACUUGAAAGCCAUGGAACAGGAUAAACCUGAUGUUGUAGUCAAGGAUGUGUUAGUGAUGCAAAAGUUAAUCUUUGUGCUUGCUAUAUGCUGGCUCACGUAG